AUGGUGUCCAAGGGACCAGUCACCACAUUCCUCUGUCUUCUCCUUGGUGCCUUCACAAGAGGGGCCAGCACCCAGCAGGCUUUCACAGUGGAGCCAGAUAACAUCACAGUCCUGGAAGGGGCCGUGGCUAUCUUGCAGUGCGUGGUGGACAAUCCCUCAGGCGUGGUCCAGUGGGUGAAGGAUGGGUUGCUGCUAGGACCAGACACAAACAUCCCCGGCUUCCCCCGCUACAGUAUGACGGGAGACCCCAGCAAAGGGGAGCACCACCUGCGGAUCGUGGACAGCCGGCUGGCAGACGACGGGGACUAUGAGUGCCAGGCGGGGCGCUCCAAGGAGAGCCCAGGCAUCGUGUCGCACACGGCACUGCUCAGUGUGCUGGUGCCCCCCAAGACACCUGUCUUCAAGGAGUACGAGGCCAACAGCACCGUGACCUGGGUGGCCGGCGUGGAGUACACGGUGACCUGCAGCGCCGGGGACGCCAAGCCGGCUGCGGAGAUUUCCUUCAGCAAGGGUGGCAGCCCACUCCCCGACGUGUCACACCAGGUGCACUCCGGGUCCAGCGAGAAGCUCUCCAGCACCAUCGCUGUGCUCAGGGUCACCCCACAGAGCUUGGACAACGGGAAGCGUCUGGUCUGUGCAGCCACAAAUGAGGCCGUCUCGGCCGCUGUGGUGGCUGGCUUCACCAUGAACAUCUUGUUCCCACCUCAGCCACCCACCAUUGAAGGAUACAAACGCCCCGAAAUCAAAGCUGGAGAGACCCUGAAACUCAUCUGCAUCUCACUGAGCGGGAACCCACUGGCCACGCUGCAAUGGCUAAAGAACGGGAACGUGGUUUCCACCAGCUGGGAGACGGAGGAUGCCAGUGGCGCCUCCCGCAGCCUCCUGACCCUCAGCAUCAAACCCGAGGACAACGGGGCUCAGCUGCACUGCGAAGCCAUGAACCAGGUGUCGCCCCUGCCCCUGGUGGCCAGCGUCACCCUGCGUGUGGUCUUUCUCCCCACAGAGGUUUCCAUCCUGGGCUCCAUCAGUACCCCGGAGAACAAGCAGAUCUCGCUGUCCUGCUCCACCACCCCCAGCAACCCCCCGGUGCAGCUGCGCUGGUGGCUGGGCUGGCGGGAGCUCACCACCACUGAGGUCACCGUCACCGAGGCAGCGCACGGCGGGACAGUGACCGUCUCCAACCUGACACACAUGGCCCGGCGCGAAGAGAAUGGGCUGCCCCUCACCUGCGAGGCCUUCAACGAGGUUGUGCUCUUCACCCGCAGCACCAGCCUGCCCCUCAGCGUGAAGUACCCACCCCAGAAGGUUUGGAUUGAGGCCCCACCCCCUGACAGCCGAUUCCGGGCUGGCACUAAGGUCAGGCUGACCUGCUUUGCCAGUGGGGGAAACCCGGCCCCCCGCCUCGUCUGGAUCAAGGACACCAAGUCCCUCAAGGAGGGGACCCAGGUGGCCUCCGGCAAGAUCGUCUCCAAAGAGCUGAUCCUGACCACUAGCCCCAGCGACAACCUGGCCAUCUACCGCUGCAACGCCUCCAACGAUGGCAAGAGCCCGGCGCUCACGGCCCAGACCCGCCUCCGCAUCCAGUUUCCCCCCAUAGACGUGAAGAUCACGACCAUGGCCAAGGAGGUGCGACGUGGCCAGACGCUGACCCUGACCUGCGUCACCGGCAGCAGCAACCCCUUCGCCACCCUGGCCUGGUUCAAGGACGCAGAGAAGCUGAAGGGUGUGGAUCUGGGCCAGAAGCCGGCAGAGUUCGGGGGUCUCUCCACCUCGGGGAAGGUGACCCUGGUAGUGUCAUCCUCUGACAAUGGGCAGCGGGUGACGUGCCAGGCCUACAGCUCCAUCCUGGCUGAGGCAGUCAACACCUUCUACAAGCUCAACAUCCUGUAUCCCCCCGAGUUCUCGUCGGAGCAGCCGGCCGUGGCCCAGGGUGUGGAACACGGAGCCGUGGAGCUGCCUCUGCACGUCUCCGCCAACCCCCCCAAAUUGAACUGCAGCUGGAGCUUCCGUGGGAAGGUGCUGAGACCAGAGGGGUCCCCCCGGCACCACCUGCGAGCAGGGGGCAGCCUGGCCAUCUGGAACCUGAGUCGAGCCGACAUGGGUCAGUACCGGGCACGGUGCCAGAACCCCGAGGGGCAGAACGAGACCCACCUCCACCUGGAUGUGCACUAUGCCCCCUCCAUCCGCAGCCUGGGGGACCCCGUCUAUGUGGACCUGGGCGCCACGGCUGAGCUUGUAUGCGUAGCCAAUGCCAACCCCAUCCCUGCGGGCAUGUUCCAGUGGACGUGGUUGGGGGCAGAGGAGCGCAGCCUGGAAGAGCUGGAGCUGGAGCCGGAGGCCUCGGGGGCUGUGGGGCGGCUGCGGAUCCGGGGGGCCCGGCAGGCACAGGCCGGGCUCUAUGAGUGCCGCGUGGACAACGGGCUGCCCCCCCCAGCCCGGGGCAGCGCCCGCCUCAUCGUGCGCUUCAAGCCAGAGAUCGAGAAGGGCAUGGGGCUGGGGAAGGUGGCCAUGCCCGGGGACGGGAGCUCGCCCGCCACCCUGCUGUGCCGUGCCCAGGGGGUCCCCAGCGUGCAGUUCAGUUGGGCCAAGAACGGAGUGGCCCUGCACCCUGACAACCCCAGGUAG